ACCUGGGUGGGCUCAGGGGGCAGCUGGGACCCCCCCCCCCCGUUCUCCCUCCGACGGGCUGGCCCGGGCUAGAGCCGUGGGGGCCCGGGGCUGCUGGUCUAAGCCGGGGAGCAGCGGAGUUGCCCCUGAAGCCCCGCCGCCCCUCUUUCCACUCACGUCUGGCUUUUGUGUCAGAAAUAGCCGGCCACUCGCUUCUGCAGGACCCCAGCAGGCAGUGCCGGGGCAGCCGGGUCCCUGUGCCCUUCCCCGCUGCCCCCCCGCAGGAGUCGCCAUCGCACGCCGGCCGGAGCAAGCGGGAGCCUCAGUUGCCUGAGGAAUCAGCGGCUGGAAACCGGGCAAAAGGAGGAAGAAGGCCGAAGGGUCUGAGAUGGAGGAGCCGCUCUGCUGCUGCGAGUACAUUGACCGGAGGGGGGAGAAGAACCAUCUAGUGGCCUGUUGCUGUGACUGCGAGGACCUCGAUGAGGGCUGUGAAAGGUGGCUGACGUGCAGAUCUUUGCCCCCGGGGACUUUAGAGAGAAUUGCAGACACCAUCUUGGAUCGCUUCCGCAUCCCCUGGCUUAAGGGGGCCAUAAAGAUCAAUAUCAGCCUGCUCCCACCACUCGUCCUGCUGCCAGUCUUCCUCCACGUAGCAGCUCUGCACUUCCUGUUGGCACUUGUUAUCCUGACAUCCCUUCCUGUGGUGGUGCUGUGGUACUACUACCUCACACACAGAAGAAAGGGACGGACUCUCUUCUUUUUGAGCCUGGGGCUGUUCUCUCUGGGGUACAUGUAUUAUGUGUUCCUCCGGGAAGUGGUUCCCCGAGGCCAUGUGGGGCAAACUCAGGUGGUUAUUCUCACCUGUGGGCUAAUUCUCCUGCUUGUGGCCCUGUCUCAAGCCAAGAGAGACCCUGGCUACCUUACCAGCCAAAUGAGCAAUGACAAAUCACCAUGCCAAGGCAGCAAUGACUUGCCAAAUAGGAAAAUCCUGGGGAGUUCCAAUGGGCUUCACGGAGCAGCUGUGUCUGGCAUUGCCAGCUGUCAUGCUAAGAACAGUGAUGCCAAGGGCUAUUCUAGAAUGUUGGCCGAGGGACUAGACAGAGCAAAGGAGGACUGGUGCACCAAAUGUCAGCUGAUUAGGCCACCUCGGGCUGGACAUUGCCGGUUGUGUGGCAUAUGUGUAAGGAGACUGGACCAUCACUGUGUCUGGAUUAACAGCUGCGUAGGGGAGUGGAACCACCGAGCCUUUAUCCUUGUGCUAUCACUCUUCCUGCUCACCUCCAUUUAUGGAAUUACACUGACCCUGGACACCAUCUGUAGGGGCCAAAAUAUGUUCAUAGCGCUGUUCUACUGCCCAGGGACCUAUGCAGACUACAGCUCCGCUCUGUCAUUCACGUGUGUGUGGUACUGUGCCAUUGUAACGGCCGGGAUGGGCUACAUCCUCCUCAUCCAGCUAUUGAACAUCAGCUACAACGUGACCGAGAGGGAAGCUCGGCUGGCUCUGCGGGAGGACACCGGGCGCAGGCUUCUGGGCGGGAUUGUGGUAGACACGGGCAAGUAUAACCAGGGCUUCCUGUACAACUGGGGCCAGUUUUUGACCCUGGGGUCACCCACUCCUCAGCACUCUGCUGAAGACAUUGUGUGAAAUCCCUUUCCCACUGAUCGCAGUGACAUUCUGUGGAGGUGAAUGGCUCCUUCCACAGGGAUCCCACUGCCAUUCCCUACGAACUUGGAGGCUGUGCCCAUCUCAUCAUCGGUGUCUGAAGAGGCAUUAAAGGACAGAUAGCUCUUGUACACCAAAGGCCAAAAGUAGGGUGCAGAAUGAAUUAAGCCAUAUGCACCAACCAGGAGAGAUGAAAUCACACUCCUACCCCACCUGUCUCCACACAAAGAAAUUAUGCACAGUUCAGGAAGAUUAACAACACAAGACUUUGAGAACAUGGAUGCUCCAUGUCUAGAUUUCAGAGCCAAGAUAAUCAAAUGCCAGGCUUCAGGCCUCAGCUGGACACUGCAGGGUUCAGGACAGACUUCCCUCUCUUAUCCAUGUGCAGCAUUUCACAGAUGAUGUGAUGCCUUGUGCUGAUGAGGCGAACUAUAAUGUGUACCAAGAGCAAGCCAUUCCAAGAGACAGGAUCGCAAUCAUAAAGGAUUAAGCGGAAGAUAUUUAAAAGGGGCUUUGUCUUGUGGUAGCUUUAAGAACUAACUAGGACCACUCUUCUCUCUUGUGGGCAUAUUUUUCAAUCUUCCAUUCCAACCUAUCCAUAAAGCUGCAUCAGCUAUUAGUGCUUCUCUUAAGUGCCUUUGUGAGCAGUACAGCUAUAGGGCUGUUUGAGGUCCUGUCCUCUCUUAGCCGCCCCCAAAGGGGCUAUUCCAUCUGUGUGUGAGCGGAGGACUGAUCCCUCCUGUGCCAGUGAUUUCUUUCCUCUGCUUCUCUGAGUUGAUCCAAGAGCUUGACUCCCUUGAAAUAUUUUUGUUCCAUUAGCAAUUGCUAGCACCACACAGCUGGUAAAUAUUUUUCAAGUAAGAAAGCUUUAAGUUCCCAAGUAGCUGUUACUCAUUCUGGGGCAGUGGCCCAGGUGGGAAGUAAAUAGACCUUUGUCUGAUGCUGCUACUGGCUUGUGAUUUCCCCCCCUCCCUGUGAUGAGAGAGGAAUAAUAGUACUCCUGGGAGAUGGCUCACAGCUGAAGUACAGCUGCCCAGAUCUCUGUCCCCCAAUCAUUGAGAAUGUGCUCUACCCCCAGUAGACCUGCUUCUCAAAGGAACUGGAAAGGCAAGAUUUAACUCGGAGGUCUGGGGAUGAGGGGAGGGUUUGUUGGGCCUCACAGAAGACUGCUAAAUGAAAAUGUUGGUUGCAAUGUUGUAUAGUCAGGAUAUUAGAGAGACGAGGUGAGUGGGGUAAUAUCUUGUAUUGGACCAUCUUCUCUUUGGUGAGAGAGAGAAGCUUUCAGGCUCGCGUGAUCUGAAGAAGAGCUCUGUGUAAGCCCAAAACCAUGUCUCUUUCACCAACAGACGUUGAUCCAAUGAAAAAUAUUACCUCCCUCACCGUGUCUCUCAAGUGAAAUGGUUGGCGGGGGUUACAGCGGGGUUGCUAGAGGCCUGUGAGGACUGAGUGCACCUGCCUCUCAACCACACCUACCUGGGCUCCAGUUUUAGCUGAAAUCACAAGGGAUGUCAUUUGCAGAUCUUAUGUCUAUCCCUGUUUGUGCACAUUGUAAACACCACUGUAAUUUGAUAUGCCUGGCUAGACAAGCCCUGGGCUCAGAGAGCAUUGGAGUAUUGUAGAUCCAGACUGAGAUGCACCGGCAGAGAUGAGAGGAAUCUCACUGUAAUUAUUAAUAUGUGUCCACUCCACAAAAACAACAAUCAAUGAGUAGCCCCCUUGGUGGCAGACAGACCAAGGACUGAUUGGAGACUUGAACUCCCCUCUCCUUGCUUAGAGGUCAACUCUUUAGGGCAGGGUUGAUAAAGUGUAUUACCAAAGGGUGUGUGUGGGGUGGGGGAGGAGAGAGCAAAAAGGCAAGCUUCCCCUCCCCGUCUUACUGUACAUUCAGCCCCCAAUCUGCUAGUCUGGCACCUGUCACCAUCACCGCUCAAGAUACAAUGCCCAAGUUCAAGUCAAUAUGCCCCUCUUUACACUGUUCUGUUGCUUGCUAAAGUGGUAUAUGCAACUUCUGUGCCCUACAGCAUAAUUAAUGAGCCUUAGGAACUGCUGUGCUUGGAGCCCAGUGACAUGGAAAGAGCUGCUGACUUGUGCAGUCCCCUUUUUGUGAUCACUUUAAAGGGGAGAAACCUCUGUCUCCAGUCAGAGGGAAGGAAAGAAGAAAAUCAAGAGAUGUGGAGACCUCUGGCCCUUUAUUAUCCCCAUUUCAAUGAGAAAGCAGUCACAUGGAUCACACUGCUCGUCCACUGGCAUGAUUAGUUUCUAAGGUGCCACAAGUACUCCUUUUCUUUUUGCGAAUACAGACUAACACGGCUGUUACUCUGAAACCUGGCAUGAUUAUGAUGAUCUCACUUCUCCUGGGACUGGAGUUAUGUUCAUAUCAAGAGCUUGCCUUAAUGCUACUUAACUGCAAAUGUGUCUGUAGCAGAAAUACAUUUAGUGGGGCUGUGGGGAGCCUAGAUGGAAGAGUUCUGCCUCAUACAGUGAUCUCUCUCAAACCUCUGUCCUGUUGGGAACUUGGAAAGGUUGAGAUAAUGUUGCCUUCUGGGCAGAAAAAAGCCACUAGAGGGCAUGUGGUGUAGAGCACAGAACUAGGAGCUAGGACCUUGGGCAAGUCACCUAACCUUUCUAUGCUUGUUAACCCCUCUGUGAAGGGGGAAUAAAACUCUGAACUGGUGUGUUUACCAGUGCCAUCUAGUGGGUGGAAUUGGAGCUGCUCAACUGUGUGUCAGGCCCAAACAGCUUCAAGUGGUUAGAGGCCUGUGUUUUUGCUGCAGGAGGAUCUGAAUUUUAUUCCUACUGCAUGGGAAGUUCUAAGUGGCCAUAGAAUGCACUCUGGUGGCAAAUGCACUGUCUUAAAUGGCCACCUUCUUGUUUACAGUCCUAGCCUUCCUGAGAGAGGAUUACCUCAUGAAUGUCUUUGGAGAGGGAAAGCACAAUGUUGACUUUUUGCUCUGUUUGUACAGUGCCUGGCACAAUGGGGUUCUGGUCUAUGAUUGGGGCUCCUAGGCACUAUAGUGAUAUAAAUACUAAUAUCGGGAAGUAAUGCUGUUCUGUCCUUUUCAUGGUAAGAGCUUCAGAUUUACUCUGUUUUGGGGUUUGGAGCUUCCUUUGAGUACCUACAGUGCAGCAGAAAGUCCAAGAAGGGCAAUGCCCCCCUUUUCAUUUCUAUUGAGGGUGGAUUAUCUCACAUUCUUUGCUUUGCCCACCCUUAGUCCAAUGACACAAGGUUAAACUUCCAGCCAAAUGUUAAAAUCCACCACAGUAGUGGACAUAAAGAGAGAGUCUUGGGGCUGUGAAAAAGGGAUAGAGAUGCAGUUCGUGCAAUAAAGGAAGGCAGGCUGGUGAGGGAUAGAUGGGGAGCACACUGCAUUUGACAGAUGAGCUGCAGGUUGGGCACCCAGCUGGAUCCAACAGAUACUUAAAUCUAAGCUCCUUGGGGCAGGGAGCAGUCACUUACUUGUCUGUAAAUAGUCAUGCAUGCUCAUAACAAUCACAAAAUCAUUACCAUUCUGGCCCUUUAAAGGCUCUCCUGAGCUGCAGAAGAGGAGUGUCUAGAGCUGGUAAAAGUCUGGGGACUCUAGCAAAUUUUUAAAUUGUUUUUCCUGGUUUUCUGCCUCAACAUUUUGAAAUGUAAAAAGAUUUAUCCCGUUUUGGUAGCAUCCUUCUUAGAGACUUUCAGUGCUAUUCAGUGGGAUUCACUUUACACACCAGGAAGAAUUUUAAAGGACUAGGACUGUCAUAAUACUACUAAAAUUGCACAGAUACUAGCAUCCUGGUUGGUGAAUUUUAGUGAAAGCGUUAAAUGCAUGAUACGAGCGAUAACUUGGCACUCUGCCAUAACUGCCUCUUCUCAAUUUUGCAUUCGUGCUCUGGUAGAUGAGUGACCUUUUUUUGAAGACCAUUUCUUGACUUUCACCUUUACCCAAAUGACUGAAGUCCCUGCUAACCAAGAAAUGCCAGAGAUUCCAAUCCUAUUUCAGACUCCAGGCUGUAAUGGUGCUUUCCCCCUUCGAAACAGACUGCUUCGAGUGUCUUAAAAAAAAUCAUGCGCUUUAAAGGUUUCUUCUCUAGACAAACGAAUUCUGCCUAGUGUCUUAAUAAUCACAUGUGCUAUGGCUUCCUUCCCUGUGUAAAUGCAUAUUGCCUCAUUAGAGCAGGAUUGUGUGUGUGUGAUUAUGGAUGUAUUUUCCCUAUCUCUGCUAUGUUUUCAAUGGAGGCACCGGCAAGGAUGUUUGUCAAAUGAAAACCCUGCAAGGGACGAGGUGAGAUCCUUCCUGAAAUCAGGAAUCUGACUUCCCAAGAGUUUACGUCAUUAGGGAAAUGGUUUUAAUGAUAAAAUGAAAAAUAGUGUCUGAAAGAAGAAUUGCUUCUAACCUGGUUGUUUUUUCGUAAAUGACAGGAGGAACCCUAAAUAUAAAAUGCUGUUGUGUGAGCUUUAUUAAAAGGAUUGUGUUGGGUGGCCACUUUGUAACAUGCCCAGUGUUUUCAGAGGGGUGUAGUUAUGAGUUCAAAUAAAUAAAAACUAUCUUUAGA